AUGGCUAACAGUAAAAUUAUUAUAGCUUCGGUCCUGAUUAGUUUUCUCUUCCUUGUAGCAGUGCUCCCUUAUGCAUCCAAUGCAAAAUCUCUGAAAUCUUGUGGGUUUGAUGCAAUUUAUCAGCUUGGUGAUUCGAUAUCUGACACUGGCAAUUUCAUCCAGGAGAAACCUUCAUCAGUGUAUGCUAGGUUUCCUUAUGGCGAAACUUUUUUCAACAAACCUACCGGCAGAUGCUCAAAUGGGAGGCUGAUGAUUGAUUUUAUCGCAAGUUCAGCAGGUGUUCCAUUUCUUGAUGCUCACUUGAAUCCAAAUGGAACAUUCACUCGCGGCCAUGGAGUGAAUUUUGCAGUUGCUAGCUCGACUGCCUUGCCGGCAGAUAUUCUAUCGAAAAAGAACAUCUUUCCUCCUACUCAUAGUUCUCUUAGUGUACAACUUGACUGGAUGUUCUCUUAUUUCAAUUCAAUUUGUUUCAAUGAGCAAGAUUGUGCUGAAAAACUUAAAAACUCCCUCUUCAUCGUCGGAGAGACUGGAGUCAAUGACUAUACCUAUGCUUUUUUCCAAGGCAAAAUCAUGGAGGAGGUAAAAAACAUGGUGCCUGAUGUUGUUCAAGCAAUCAAAGAUGCCGUGACGAGAGUUAUUGGUUAUGGUGCUAGACGCGUGGUUGUCCCUGGAAAUGUCCCAAUAGGUUGUUUUCCAAUCUAUCUUACUGGAUUUCAGACCAACAAUACCGAUGCCUACGACAAAUUUCACUGCCUGAAAGAACUUAACAACCUCUCUGCUUCCCACAAUGAUCAUCUCAAACAAGCCAUAGAAGAAUUGAAGAAGGAAAACCCUAAUGUGCUCAUUGCAUAUGCUGAUUAUUACAACGCAUUCCAAUGGAUUCUUACCAAAGCUCCAAACCUUGGUUUUGAUGCCAAAUCUGUUCAGAAGGCUUGUUGUGGGACUGGCGGUGAUUAUGGUUUCAAUGCCUUGAAAAUGUGUGGAACUCCUGGUGUGCCAGUUUGCCCUGAACCUGAUCGGUUUAUCAGCUGGGACGGAGUUCAGUUGACCGAAAAGGCAUACCAGUACAUGGCAUUGUGGAUCAUUGAUGACAUCUUACCAAAGCUUCAAUGCCCUGCCGGCCUGAUUCUAUGA